GCCGGGCUCCGCUCCGCCGGGCCGGCCCCGCUCCCGCCCUCCCGCCAAUGACGGCCGGGGCCGUCACUGCGCUGCGUCACGGCGCGGCCGCCAAGAUGGCGAAGGUGUCGGAGAUGUACGACGUGACUUGGGAAGAUAUGCGUGAUAAAAUGCGGAAAUGGAGGGAAGAAAACUACCGAAACAGUGAACAGAUAGUGGAUGUUGGAGAAGAGUUAAUUAAUGAAUAUGCAUCUAAACUUGGAGAUGACAUUUGGAUAAUUUAUGAGCAGGUGAUGAUUGCUGCCCUGGACUGCAGUCGAGAUGAUUUGGCCUUGUUUUGUCUUCAGGAACUGAGGCGGCAGUUUCCUGGGAGCCACAGAGUUAAACGAUUAACUGGAAUGAGAUUUGAAGCCAUGGAAAGGUAUGAUGAUGCUAUCCAGUUAUAUGACAGAAUUUUACAAGAAGAUUCAACUAAUACUGCAGCAAGAAAGCGUAAGAUUGCCAUUCGAAAAGCCCAGGGGAAAAAUCUCGAGGCCAUCCGAGAGCUGAAUGAGUAUCUGGAACAAUUUGUUGGUGACCAAGAAGCUUGGCAUGAACUUGCAGAACUUUACAUCAAUGAACAUGACUAUGCAAAGGCAGCCUUCUGCUUAGAGGAGCUUAUGAUGACUAAUCCACACAACCACUUAUAUUGUCAACAAUAUGCUGAAGUAAAAUACACUCAGGGGGGGCUUGAAAACCUUGAGCUGUCAAGAAAGUAUUUUGCACAAGCACUGAAGCUUAACAACAGAAAUAUGAGAGCUCUAUUUGGACUUUACAUGUCUGCCAGUCAUAUCGCUUCCAACCCAAAAGCAAGUGCAAAAAUGAAAAAAGAUAAUAUGAAAUAUGCCAGCUGGGCAGCAAACCAAAUAAACAGAGCAUACCAGUUUGCAGGUCGCAGUAAGAAAGAAACUAAAUACUCUUUGAAGGCAGUGGAAGACAUGUUGGAGACCCUGCAAAUCACUCAGUCUUAGCUUGGCACAGAGAUCUAAUAUGAAAUUUUCCAAUACCACACUCAACCUGUAAUGACCUGUGGGUUAUGUUACUCUAGUGCUGUUAAAAGUUAAUUUUGUAUUGAUUACGUGCUAUAUAAAAUAACAUUUUAUGAAAAGUAAAAUGCCUAUUUAUUGCUGCUAUAAGAAAUGUAAUGAAUACCCACUGAAAUGAAUAACUUAUCCACAUAAACAACAUGAAAAAAUGACGUGCUGCACAUCAGUAUCCUCAGAUUUUUGUAUGUACAGUACCUGCUUCUAAGCCAUAAUUUGUAGAAAUAAACUUGUUAAAUGAUUAAGAAAA